GACCCUUUAUAAGCGUCGCCCUCCCGUCCAAAAUACAUUCCGUCCUCGCCUUCUGCUUCGUCCGCAUAGCUCAACAAAUUUCAGCAAAUUUUUAAACAAUUUUCUCAAAUUUGUCGGAUUUUUGGAACUAGAAAUAUAUCAUUUCCAGGAUGAAGUAUCAGGCGCUCGCCCUGCUCCUCGUUGACGGGUUGUUGCUCGCGACCUGCGCCCCGCAAGGCGGCUACUCCUCCUCCCGCCCAUCCCAGUCGUACGGAUCGACCGUUGCAGCGCCACAAGGUAGCUGUUGUGGAGGCUCUAGUCCCGCUCCUUCUCAAAAUUACGCGGAACUGCAAGGAUCCGCCGCCUCGUUCGGGCCAAACUCCUUCGCCCAGCAGUCCACCCAAUCCUUCGGCGCUUUCGGCGGUGGCGGCGGCGGCGGUGGUGGUGGAGCUGGUGGAAACUUGCAGGUUGAAUGCAAGCGACAGGAAGUUUCCCCCGGGAGAUUUAAAUUUGUCUGUGAUGGCGUUAAUCCUAACUCUAUCGCGCUCCGUUCCGAACACAUUUUGUGGUUGACUGGACCCGAAGGUCAGAAGCAAGUGGUGGACAUUGAAGUGCCCAAUUACAAGAUUGAGGAACUUAUCAAGGCCGGAUUCAAAUCCCAACCAGGAGAGGGAACCCUUAUCAACGUUUUGCUCAGAAAGCCAGAGCAAUCCUACGAUGCGCAGGUCGACCAGGUCAACUCCGUUGCGGGAACGCCCUCCGUCAACUUGCAGUACGAGCCAGUCGAGAAGACGCUCGUCCACUUCCCCACCGACAAGGCCUACUCACCCCUCCAAGGACCACUCAUCCCGCCAGGCGGUGGCCGGCCCCAGCGCCAAGUGCAGAAGAACUUCUCCAAGCCGUACGCCCAAGUCCAGGGGAAUCAGCAGUCGCAAAACGUCCCACAAAUCCAGCAAGUCCAACAAAGACAGUAGAAAUCGCGUUGAUUUUUUGGACCCCCGUCUUAUCCAUGUCGUUCUCCUUGUCUCCUCUUAUCUCAGCCUCCUCACCUCCUUAUCAAGCUCAACGUUUACGCGGAAGAGAAAAAGUCCUUCAACAUUUUUGUACCUCUCUUUUUAUUAAAACUUUUAUACUCCGACUGAUUUAUGGAAUUUAUGAAAUUGUGGAAGAAUGGAAGAAUGUGUUAUCAAUAAUAAAAGAGCAGCAGUAUUACAGAAAUCUAAA